AUGACAUGCUUCAAAUGUGGGAAGGCAAAACAUAGAGUUGUUGAAUGCAAGAGUGAUGUUGUGGUUUGUUUCAACUGUGGAGAGACUGGUCAAAUUAGUACGCAGUGUCAGAAACCCAAGAAGACACAAGAUGUGAAAGCUGAUGGAAAGAUGUUUGGUCUCAGUGGUGCAGAUGGAUCAAAGUCCGAUACUGUGCUUCGAGGUACAUGUUUUAUUAAUGGUAUUCAUUUGAUUACUAUCAUUGACAUGGGUGCGACAUAUUCCUUUAUAUAUCUUGAUUGUGUAAAAAGAUUGAAUCUUGCGGUGUCUAUUAUGAAUGGUAGUAUGGUUAUCGGUACUCCAGCUAAUGGGUCAGUGAAUACUUCUUUGGUUUGUUUGAAUUUCCCUUUGACAAUAUAUGGUAUGUACUUUGGUAUUGACUUGGGUUGCUUACCGUUGAGUCAACUUGAUGUUAUCCCGGGGAUGAACUAG